AAUUUUUAUUACGGUUUUCCAUCGUCAACCUCUCUCUAUAUCGAUCGUCUCCUGAUUGGUACUGAUAAGAAAACACCAGAGCCGAUCUGUCGCGAUUCAAUUCUUGAUUUUUUUUUUCUGGUGGAGAAUCGUUAAACCAUGGAGUCUUCAAGCUCGUGGUCGAGGGCCUUGGUCCAGAUCUCGCCGUACACCUUCUCCGCCGUGGGCAUCGCCAUCGCAAUCGGCGUUUCUGUCCUUGGCGCAGCUUGGGGGAUAUUCAUUACGGGAAGCAGUCUGAUCGGUGCUGCCAUUAAAGCUCCUCGCAUUACUUCCAAAAACCUAAUCAGUGUGAUAUUUUGCGAGGCUGUGGCUAUUUAUGGGGUGAUUGUUGCCAUUAUUCUACAAACAAAGCUUGAAAGUGUUCCUCCCUCUCAAAUUUAUGCUCCUGAAUCCCUUAGAGCAGGAUAUUCAAUCUUCGCUUCAGGAAUUAUUGUGGGGUUCGCAAAUCUUGUAUGCGGGUUAUGCGUGGGAAUAAUUGGAAGCAGCUGUGCUUUAUCUGAUGCACAAAACUCGUCGCUAUUUGUAAAGAUUCUGGUUAUUGAAAUCUUUGGUAGCGCACUUGGUCUUUUUGGUGUGAUUGUUGGAAUCAUCAUGUCUGCACAAGCUACAUGGCCAACUAGAGCUUGAUGAGUUCCUGAUGUCAGGGGAUUGCUUUGGAGGGCGAUUGUCGAAGUUCUCAAUUUUCAGUCCUCAGUUUCCGUCACCUCCCUGUUUUCAGGGUGUUAAUAUUCUUUUUUUUUUUUGCCACACUACCGAAUGGGGAAUAAGAAAAGCCUGCGUCUGUAUGUCAUUGAGUGUAUCUCUUAAUUGUAAUUUCUUUGACUAGGAUUUAUAUUAGUGCAUCCUGGGGAUCUGAAGGUUGACUCCUUUGCCAAAUUCUUGAAUUACUCUUUAAUAUUUAUGUAGAAUAAUGAUCAUUUUCUUGAUUUGUUGUAUCAAUAUCAUUUUCAACUUUAACUGGUUCUCCUCAACCUGUACAUUGUUUUUAGAUUUUUAAUUAAACAAAUCAAUACUGAAACGAACAGUUUAACCAUUUAUAGCUUUUGAGUUCUUACCCAUGAAGAUAACAUCAGAGUUUGAUCAUUUUCAUUUGAGCUGUGCAAUUAUGAAGAAUAUGGGAACCGGAUAUUGUA